UGCGUUCUUAGACAAAAUAAUUAUAAUGACUGGCAACCCUGCAUGAAGCUGUCACCUUUCGCAAUGGAGUGUUGGACGUGUCCGUAAAAACAAAAUUUCCUUUUUAUUUACUUGUAAUGCUGUUACCACUUUAACAGUUAUACCAAAUACCAAUUACGAUUAUGUUAAGUUUGUGUGGAGUUUGGUUUGCUUCAAAUUCGCUGCUUAAACAUGGAAGAGGAACUUAACGAGCAUGAUUUGGAGGAAAGGCUGUAUGCUAUGCUACAUCAUGUGGACGAGACAGAGGGUAACUUAAAUCCGGACCGCAGCGAUGGGUUAAACAUAUUGGAGAAUGUGCCCCGAAGCACGGUUCGUCGCUACUGGCGUACCAGCGACCCUUCUACUCCGUCUCAAAAGGUGAACACACUGAAAGAUGCCACACCAACACCAUCUAAUAACGUCGCCAGUAAACAGAAUGUUGUUAUCCAGACCAACCAAACACCAAAACCCAAAGAAGAAAAACGUGAGUCGCCGCAACGGCCUCUUACUGCCGAUCUAUCCAUAUUUCAAACAACUAUACCUCAAAAUAUGAAAAGAACCAUUGAAUUUAUUGAAGAUGAAGAUGAUCAUGCUGUUAUUCUUGAAUCUAGUGAUGAGGAUGAGGUCAUUGAAGUGGCUUUGCCCCCGAAACCAACCAUUACCAUCGAAAGCUCUGAUGAAGAUGAACUUCAGAUUGUUAAUCCGGCCUCCCCUACCAAAACACAAGUAAAUGUGGAUAAGACAAUAACAAUUGGAGAAAGAGACAUUUCAGCAAGCCCUGCACCCUCGGCUGUUUCAUCUGUCUCUGAUGAAUUCAUCCGUAGUGAUUGUAUUGCAUUGAAUAUAUCCUCCCGACACCAGGACAAUCCUAGCUUUGAUUUUAGUCUACACGGAUCUGAUUUACUUGUACAGAGUACUCCAUCAAAAAAAAAGAAGAAGAAGAAGAGCAAAGAAGCUGUAACAUCAACCCCAGUCCUUCCUGAAACACCUAACAAGCCCACCUCAAAUGAUGGAUGUUUUGCUACUCCUAAAAGUAAAGCCAAGAACAAGAAGCAAAAAUCUAAAUUAUACACUGUGACAGAGAAAAGUAUCCCGAGUGCAGAUGUGUAUGACUCUGACAGUAAUCAGUCAGUAGACACAAACAAGAACAAUAACUCUUAUACUGUUACUGACAAAAGUCUACCCAGCACUGAUGUCUAUGAAUCAGAUUCAAACCUAUCUGAAUGCAUGAAAGAGAUAACACCUAUUGCAAAACGAAUGGAUAAUGAUGUUGAUAGUACGGACAGCAGCAUUUCUCAAAAUACCCCGGUUGAUCAGUCUUCCAAAGUAAAAAAUAAUGAAUCCAGUGCAAUAAAUGACACAUCUGCUACAAUUUCUGUUGUAGACCUAACCGGAAAUGAUACUUUUGUAAAUUUGGAUUUAUCAGAGCUAGAAAGUGAUGUUGUUAUGGGAAAUGUUUCUGGAUUCACUGAAUAUGAUUACUAUGGGGACGAGACCUUAUCUGAAAAUGACAUUUCUAAAUUUGGCUCAACAAAAAUUCCUUCGAUAUUGAACGAGAACCUCGAUUUUGAUAAUUUAAAAGGCAAUGAUAAGGUUUGCAAACAACGAAGAUACUCUCUCACAACUCUUCGUGCAGAUAUGGAGAAAUUCUAUAAUGAGAGCUGGGGCGGAGAGAAUUUUAAUCAUAGAGAAAUACAGAAAAGCAUGUCACGUGACAAGGACUUGUGGGCGAUUGAUCCGAAGGAUAGGAUGCCAUCAAUGCAGAGGAGAAAAGUGACAUGCAACUAUUGCAACCGGCCGGGACAUAAAGACGACACGUGUCGCCUGAAGCCGCCCAUCUGCUACAUGUGUGGCUCCACCGGACACUUCGAGCCGCGCUGCCCGCGGAAGAUCUGCCUCAACUGUGGCUCUCCAAACCACAUGUACUCGUCGAUGUGCCGCAACUGUUCCAACUGGGGUAACCUCAAGUGUAACGAGUGUGGCCAGAUCGGCCACCCCGCCUCACACUGCCCCGACCUCUGGCGGCGGUACCACAACACUAGUGACGCCAACACUCAACUGGAGCGAUGCAAACAGCAAAAGUAUAACAACCAGAUGUACUGCAGUGGGUGCUCUCGGCGCGGACACCUCGUGCACACCUGCCGGGCCUCGCUGCCCUUCUCCGGUCUACCCAUUAAUUCGCCCUACGUGUACUCCUACCGCCCAGUCUACCAAGGUACCAGCGAGAACACGCAGAAGCCACAGUACAUCACUCCACCCGUCACGCCGCAUAGGAAUGAACGCAACAAACGCCAGUCCAAGUCACCCACCACUCACGAUUCUCAUUUCAACAAGAAAAGGAACUUAUCCACGGGCGACGAACCCGAACGUCGCGUCACCAAGAGUCCCGCACCGCAACGGAAAACUUCCGUCAGCAAGGACACCUCAGAUGAAUGUAAUAAAAAAGAACCAAAUAAAAAUUCACAAAAUGAAAAUAAGGUUCAGGCGUCCAUCGAAAAGGCGCCAAAUUUCAUUCCUAUUUACUCUGCAAACCAUGACAAGAAAGGCAAUAUGAUUCAAGACAACGAAGUUUCAGACACUAGCCAUAUCAUCACCUCGGCCCGCAUCUAUGUUACCAAUGACAUCGUUGAGAAACUCAAUACCGAAGAAGGUAAAGCAUGGUUGAAAGAGAACACAGAAAAACACCGUGUACAAAUGGAGAACACGGAAGUUUCUUCGUUUUUGGGUAUUAAGGGUAAGCUAGCAGAUCAGGAAGCCUUCCAGUCUGCACUCAGGGACUGGUUCAAUCCUGUCGCUACCACACCAGUGUCGACGGACACCACCAAGCCAAGUGGCGAAGGCGAUACUUGGAGCGUCAUACCGAAGAAUAGAAACAGUUUGUUGCGACAACUCAACUACGCGUUAAAUUCACUGAAGGAAGAUAUUGGAGACCCUAGUGCGAUUUAUAAGGAGCUGACAUUCCUUCAAAACCGCCACCAACAACUACUAAAACAAAAAGUAAUCAGCCCUAAACAGUUGAGUAACAACCGAGGAAACAUUAACCAGAUGCUCAAGAAACUUAACAUGGUCCUCAUCGGGCAAGCAGGCCUUGCCGACGGGUCGGCACAUGUUAGUGAACUGUAUGCUCUGCAGGAAAAACUCAUGAAUUUAAGACAGAAAGUCAUACCUAACGAUCUUCGAAAAGAGAUUGGACAACAUUACGCGCUGAUUUUUACGGCGCUCCCUAGAACCGAUUACUUAGAUUUACUAAAAAUUUAUAAUACAACAAAACCGUCUACUAUGCUGAAGAGUAAGAAGAAGAAGACUCUGAAACUAAAUCCCAAACUAAACAGAUUGAAGAUAAAAGUAAACAGCAUUCCAACACAACAAAUACAAAAUGGCAACAAGGAGGAGCGCGCAGAAGUCCCUGGAUCCUGUUGCAACCCGAUCAUGCUGCAAAAGUUAGCUUUCUACCACAAACGACUACUUAGCGCACGGCCCUCGGGCGCUGCUCUCAAGAGAACGCGAGGCGACCUCGUGAGGAGGCUGUACUCCUCUAUCGCCUCACUAUACAGAAAAGAGAAAAUGUCUUCAAAGAACAUGAAAAAAGUGAAGAAACUACAGGAACAAGCACAGUUGUUCUUGUCUAAUGUAUAAAAUAUAUUUAGGAGAUAAAGAAUUUUAUGUUGACGCCAAUCAGAGGCGUGCUCGGCAUGAGACGAGCCGGCUUGUACCACGUGUGAUCCUCGUGCGGGAUCAGUUUUAUUUUCGUCUACUUGCCGGUCUGAUAUAAUGGCACUUUAUAGUGCGUGUGAAUUAAUAAACUUCUUAGUGUAAAGCA